UGUCUUUACUUGUAAGCGGUCUUUCCAAAACCAAAACAGGCGAGAUAGACAGAGGCCAGCUGUGGCAGUGAUGCAAAUCAAGAACAUGGAAUAGCAACGUACCCUCAAAGUGAUUGUACACAUUAAUCUGAAUUGCUAACUGGUACUUUAGCCUACAACAUUAGACAAGAUUAUUUCAUAAACUGUAAGGAGUAGCAGUCUACUGGGGAACGGACUUGCAAGUCAGCAAAGACAAACAAUUUGAAGAUUGGCAGACUCACCUUCCCUUAAAGUGAGUUCUCAGAGAAGAAGAUGGAUGGCACUGUUGUGUUUAAUUGUUUGUUUUUCAUCUUCAUUGACUGUGGCUUGACCAGUGGUCAGCUUGACGUGGACAAAUCAAGAUAUGAUGAUGGUCGCAGAGAAUAUGAACUCAUGGUCCACAGGUCAGAAAUGCCAAGAUACGGUACAUGCUGGAAAGAUGCCAUGAUGACGAUACAAAAUGGCUGCAAGCAGCUCACAGACGAUGUCCAGGGUCGGCUAUCCUUGGCCUAUCUCAACUGUUUUCUGGAAUUUCAAGGUCGAGAUGUGUACGAGUGUGACGCCGAUCAACCAUUUCAUGAAUGUGCAAAAAAUAUGCUUGAUGUGGACCGAGGAUCAUUUACGACUUUUUUCACACACACUCAAAAUAUAUGCUAUUUUCUUCAGGCACAAGUAUGGCAUGAAGAAACGGAGAACACAAUUGGUCGACUUUCUGACAGUUCAUCACAGGUAGCAUCGAAACUAGAAGAUUCCUAUAAGCUACAGAAUCAAGUUCUCAAACAACAAGAAGAGAGUAUAAAAAAUCAAGAAAUGAUCAUGGAUAAGGCUUCAAAUUUAAGUAACAUUAUUUCCGCCUCAUCUGACGAUAUUCAUGUAAUGUUCGCAGACUUCAAAGAGACAACGCAAGAACAGCGGUUGCUCAUCACUGAUGUGUUUGACCGUGUAGCCAAGUUACAGCACAUGGUUCUAGGAGAAUUUUCCGGCUUUUAUUCGAUAGUGUUUUAUACCCUGUCGAUUCUGGUGUCAUAUCUGUUGACGUCAACUGCUAGGACGAGCAGUGCGAGGUUCUGGUUGUUUGGUCUGAUGACAAGCAAUAUGAUAGUAGAGCAGAUGAUUGUCUCCAUCAGACCUGGCUUUUUUAGAUAUAUACCAUUUCAAGACUUUGAGAACGAGGAGGAGAUGAUAUAUGGCAGCCAGCGUCUAGUUCGGCGGGUUUCUGGUCUUAUUGGGUUCUUCAUCCUCUGCUUCUCCGUCUACAACUUCCAGGACCUGAACACCAUCAACAACCAACUUCUAGUGGAGAUCCGGAGACAGAACUCGGAACUCAGGCACUGUCUCAUGGGAACAACCUCAGGUAAACCGUUACAAGGAUCGAGCAGCGACACCAAACAUAUGAUAACGCAGGGUAAAAAUGGAAUCGCAGCUGAUUCCACAACGGUAGACUCGGACUCUGCGGUGUCCAGUGGGUCAACAGGUAGUGAGGGGGAAGACUCGGACCACACGUUCAUCCUGCAGUCCAGCAGCCACUCUGAGUCGUCACACAGCUAUUUCUCCGUGAUGACCGAGAGUCUGGCCAACACCCAGAUGUCCACUCUCCACAGUGAGCUGCGAGAUCUCCGCCAGUCCACCCCUAUCAAACAACUGCCGGACAGGGUGGCAGCCUGGGUGAAGACAGGAUUCUACCCAGUUUCACCAGCAAAGGCAGCCUCGUCUUCAACCAUAGCCAAGGAAUCCAGUUUGGAAGCACCAAGAUACUAUCUUCGGCCUCGGAAACCCAUUCCAGGCAGUCCGAACCCAGCGCUCAAUGUGGAAUCGCCGAACAGCUUCUCCAAAACAGUCCGCCAUCUUGAACAAAUCACGAGGAAAAAUAGCAUCCUUGCUCGAGCUGUUUUGCGUCAAAAGAAGCAUCUACCCGACUCUUCUGAUGAAGAUUAACACAAGCCUAGUUGGUCUCCAGUGGUCUUUCAUGAAUCAUUUAAGGGAUUUUAUUGACAUUGUGAUUUUUGCUUUAUAGCGUAUCUAUUGAUAUCAAUCAUGUAUUUUUUAUGAUGAUGUCAACUGUUUCUGAUCAGGGUUCGUACAGACUUGAAAAAGCCUUGAAUUUUAUGGUCCCUCUUGAAAAGCCUUGAUUUUUAGUGUCAACCUUAAAAAGCCUUGAAAGCACCAAAAUAAGUUGAAAAGCCUUCAAAUUAUACAAAAUGAGAUUUACUUGUAUUAAAGCACACAAAAAUAUGUACCAAAGAUGUUUCAGUGAGAUUUACGACAGUGAUAGAUUUGUGUGCUAAAGACCCUGAAGAAUUCAUGACAGCCUAAAUUCAUUUUUUCGAUGGGUUAAAAAUAGAUCUUUUUUUUAAAUGUGUGAUGGUCAUACUGCUUUUUAGGUCUUGCUAUUAAUAUAUAGUAUGCUGGAUUUGAUAAAAUAUAGAGAGAUUCAGGUAAAUAACCCACCUAAAAAACCCUUCAUAAGGCCUUGGAUUUUGGUGUUCCAUAUCUGUACGAACCUUGGUAAUGCUAUGAAGAGUAACUUUGACAUAUCUACUGUUAAUUCUAUUAUUAUCAAGAAAUAGAGACAUCAUGAAAGGCUGUGAAAAACUAAUAGUUUAAGCAUUAAAUGCUUUACUGAUGAUAUAGAGAACAAUGGUUGUAAAUAUUUUUUAUUUAAUUAAAAUAUUUCAGUGGAGGAGAAUCUGUUAGAAACAUCCUUUAAUAACUGUACAUUAUAUAUUUCACAUCUUGACAAAGUGUACAGAAACAGAAUCCAGUUUUUCAUUUUGUGUUAUCCAUAUAGUUUUGUAUCAGGAGUUUGUAACAGCAGAUACAGCAGUAUUUAGGGUCUAUACUCUUGUUUUUACAGAAAAUGCAUUUACCCAAACUUUGUCAAUAUACAAAGGUUGCCAAAAAUUUCUUUAAUAAUCUGCAUGGAUGAAAAGAUUGUGUUAAAAAAAAUUCAUUUUUAGCUCACCUGGACAAAGUUACUUAACUAGGUGAGCUACAGUGCUGUUGAACUAUUUUUAUAUUUGUACCAGUGUGCUAUCAAGUAUUGUCAGUGCUCACAGAUUAUUUGUGUUGUAAAUAUGUAAAUAAAACUCAUAAACC